UACCUCCCUUUACGCUAAGCAGGCUUGACUUAUAGGUGAUCGUGAGCUUGACGUAACAACACGUUGCUUUUCCCAUCAAAUCACUUUUUCGGAUUCGGACACAUAUUGUAUAUACAUAACAUUUAGCAAAGAAAGUGUCUUAGAGGUUGCAUUCGGACGGUCAACGAUGGCAAGUUUCGAUGAUUUAAAGCUACGAAUAGCGGAACUGGAGGAUGAACUUCAACGAGAAAGACGAAGAAACCAAACAGCUGUUCGUCAGAAAAUUUCGCAAAUGAGUUCGGAAGUAGUUGACAGCAACCCAUACAGUCGGUUAAUGGCCUUGAAGAGAAUGGGCAUCGUUGAUAACUAUGAGAAAAUCCGUGAUUUCACUGUGGCUGUUGUUGGUGUUGGCGGAGUUGGGAGUGUAACAGCAGAGAUGUUGGCCAGGUGCGGCAUAGGAAAGCUUCUACUGUUCGACUAUGACAAAGUGGAACUAGCUAACAUGAACAGACUCUUCUAUCAGCCCAGCCAGGCUGGCAUGAGUAAAGUGGAAGCAGCAGAACGCACACUUAGGGAUAUCAACCCAGAUGUGGAGUUUGAAGUAUACAACUAUAACAUAACAACUCUGGACAACUUCAACCACUUUGUGGAGAGGAUCAGGAGCGGUGGACUAAAGGACACUCAAGUGGACCUGAUCCUCAGCUGUGUGGACAACUUUGAAGCAAGAAUGACGAUCAAUACUGCAUGUAAUGAAGUUGGUCAGCCAUGGAUUGAGGCUGGAGUGAGUGAGAAUGCUGUGUCAGGACACAUACAGUUCAUUGUACCAGGGGAGACAUCAUGUUUUGCUUGUGCUCCCCCACUAGUUGUGGCAACUAACACUGAUGAAAAGACUUUGAAGCGGGAGGGUGUGUGUGCUGCCAGCCUUCCCACCACGAUGGCAAUUGUUGCUGGAUUUCUGGUGCAGAAUACACUCAAAUAUUUGUUGAAGUUUGGCGAUGUGACUUACUACCUUGGUUACAAUGCUCUCAAAGAUUUCUUCCCCACCAUGACGAUGAGGCCUAACCCUCAGUGUGAUGAUAACCACUGUAGGAGACAACAACAGCUGUAUCAGGAAAGACAAGUAUUGAAACCAAAGGAAGAGAAAAAAGAGGAGAAGGUUGAAGAGAUUAUCCAUGAGGAUGACUGGGGAAUAGAGUUAGUUUCUGAGACAACAGAGGCGGAACUACUGGAUGCAGAGGGAACAGUGCCAGAACUGACCAAGGGUGUUACAGUUGCCUAUACGAAACCUGCACAAAACGAGGUGUCAGACAACAAGUCAAUGGUUGACGGGACAGAGAAGAGUCUAGAGGAUCUUAUGAAGGAAAUGAAGGGAUUAUAGCACUUUGAAUAUUUUUAAUUCCACCUCAAUUAUCAAGGCAUCUGCUCACAAAAUAUUCUUGAAUCUUUCUUGUUCACAAAUAUACCUGAACUGGAAACAGUCCACCUUGAAAUACCAUACAGUUUUUAUCAAGAGUUAAGUGAUAGGAAUAUUUUCCUGUGUGGUCAAAGUAAUGAAACACGAAACCACUGUAUGCAACAUUUACAGCUAAUUGUGGCCUAAUUGUACAACUGCUGGUGUGCACUACAUAUGGCAACUGAAUAUGGCCUAUCUGUACAACCACUGGUGUCUGCAACAUUUACAGCUAAUUGUGGCCUAAUUGUACAACUGCUGGUGUGCACUACAUAUGGCAACUGAAUAUGGCCUAUCUGUACAACCACUGGUGUCUGCAACAUUUACAGCUAAUUGUGGCCUAAUUGUACAACUGCUGGUGUGCACUACAUAUGGCAACUGAAUAUGGCCUAUCUGUACAACCACUGGUGUUUGCAAC